AAAUUAAUAAUUGUCGACGACGACGAAUAAAGUUCUUCGCUAUCUCCGCACGCUGCCUCUGCCUUUCCGUCACCAAACCCUAAUUUUCCCACCUCUUCGAUCCGACCCUGUCGUGGAGAUCUACUGAUCCAUAGAGGUAGCCCUCGAUUCUCUCCUCGCCGAGCCGGUUUUCGAUCUCGGUCGUGCGUGUUCGUCUCUAGUUUCCGCGAUGGUGGUCGGCGACAACGGCUCCUCCCCCGGCGAGGAACAAAUCCUGAACUCGGAUCCGAAGGCUGUUUCUGAUGCGUCACAAGGGAGCCCGGAAUCGUCGGCCGCUGCGGCGGCGGAGGGCGGGAUCGAUAUGGAUUCUUUCGCCCGCAGGAUCCAGCAGGCGCUAUCCAUGGGCAGCAACCAGCAUCGCUUCUGGGAGACGCAACCGGUGGGACAAUUCAAGGACGCCGGCGACACCAGCCUCUCGGAAGGCCCCAUCGAGCAGCCGACGCUGGUUUCCGCCGUUAAGCAGGAGCCUUACAACCUCCCCGCUUUGUAUGAGUGGACCACCUGCGAUAUGGACGACGACCACACCUGCACCGAUGUCUUCACUCUCCUGAGCAACAACUACGUCGAGGACGACGAGAACAUGUUCCGCUUCAAUUACUCCAAAGAGUUCCUCCAGUGGGCGCUCCGCCCGCCAGGUUACUUCAAGGCCUGGCACAUUGGCGUCCGCGUGAAGGCCUCCAAGAAGCUCGUCGCUUUCAUCACCGGUGUACCUGCCAGGAUCCGUGUGCGAGAUGAGGUUGUCCGGAUGGCCGAGGUCAACUUCCUGUGUGUCCACAAGAAGCUGAGGUCGAAGCGGCUCGCACCUGUGAUGAUCAAGGAGGUCACUAGGCGGGUUCAUCUGGAGAACAUCUGGCAAGCAGCCUAUACAGCUGGGGUAGUCCUGCCGACUCCCAUCACGACCUGCCGCUACUGGCAUCGCUCGCUGAAUCCCAAAAAGCUAAUUGAUGUUGGGUUCUCUCGCCUUGGAGCUCGUAUGACUAUGAGCAGAACGAUCAGGCUUUACAAGCUUCCUGAGGCAACUGUGAUCCCAGGAUUCAGGAAGAUGGAGCUUCGUGAUGUUCCUGCGGUCACCCGGCUGCUGAGAGGAUACUUGAGUCAAUUCGUUGUCGCACCUGAUUUAGAUGACAAUGAUGUGGAGCAUUGGCUUCUGCCUAUGGAGAAUGUGAUCGACAGUUAUGUGGUCGAGAGCCCUGAGACCCAUGAAGUCACAGAUUUCUGUAGCUUUUAUACACUUCCUUCUUCGAUUCUAAAUAACCAGAAUUACUCAGUGUUGAAGGCUGCCUACUCUUACUAUAACGUGGCCACAAAAUCCUCACUACUCCAGCUGAUGAAUGAUGCACUGAUUGUGGCAAAGCAGAAGGAUUAUGAUGUAUUCAAUGCUCUUGAUGUCAUGCACAAUGAGACCUUUCUGAAGGAGCUGAAGUUUGGGCCUGGUGAUGGGCAACUUCAUUACUAUUUAUACAACUAUAGAAUUAGAAAUGCUUUGACACCUUCAGAACUUGGGCUUGUUCUUCUGUAGUUUCCGAUAAGCAUGUUGGAAGUCUGGCAGGUUUUGGCUUUUCAACCGCUCUUCCAUCGAGCAACACAAACAAAUAAUAGUGCAAGCAGGGCAGUACACCAGGAAGGAUGAUUAGAUAAUAGUCCAAAGAAGCCAGACAUGAAGUUUGAAUGGAACUAGCAAUUUAUGACCAUUGUUUUGUCCAUUUUAAGCACAAUAAUGUUCGACUGAGACUAGAGAAUAGCAUCAGGGUCCAGGGUUCAAUUCUAGUCCAUCUACUGUCCAACAUCUAGUGAAGGGCUCAAACAAACAAAAUUUCUUGAUUCAGAUUCAACAAGUUCUUUAGACCAUGGAAGGGAGCAACUGAAAGAAUCAAAGAUCAAUUAGGAUUUAGGACUCAAGAUUUGAUUUGAAAUCCACCAGAGUUGAUAAGCAACAACACAUUUCAUCAAGUCAACAACCAUUUUCAUAGACCUCGAGACAGAGUUUUGGCAAACAGGACGAAUUGGGUGUGUAGGUAGAUGAAUGAGUAAUGACAGCCUAAUGCGAUAACCGAAAUGGCAGAUCGGCCAGAAUGCAAAGCAUGUUCCGCCGAUCUGGCUGAGGAAUCGAGCGUACCGGGUGAAAAGGGAGACGCUACCAGCCGUAGACUACUCGGAAGUACUUGUCCUUGAGCCAGCGGAAGCUCCGGCGCAGGGAGCCCUUGACCUUGACCUCGACGGCGUAGGCCUUGUAGCCGGCAACCCGGCGCUUGCGCUGGAAAUCGGGAUCGCUGAAGAGCCAGCCGCCCCGGCUGGAGGAGGAAGGGCCAAACUCGGGGUUGGCCUUCAACUCCUUAGGGCCGGCGUUGGAGUAAGCGUAGGAGCUGCUGUAGCUCCUGAAAUCGGAAGAGGGCGGAGGAGGAGGAGGAGGUGGCGCGGUCGUCGACGGGCGGCCCCUGUAGACCUCGAGCUGCAUGACGCCGCCGUGGAAGGACCUCGAUCUGUAAUCGCCGUCGAUCGGGAAGGGAGAGAGAGAGCGAGGAGGAGGACGCGUUGGAUUCCCUCCUCUCCAGGUCGCUUUUUCCGUUUGUUUUAAUCUUGG